AUGGCGCCUGCUGUAGUCUUGUUUGGAGCAAUAGAGGCACCAGACAAAGAAGCCCUCGUUGACCGAAAUCCUCACAAAAAUUUUGCGGAAGUUGAAGCAAGUCGCGAGGAUUAUAUUUAUGACCAGCAUUGGAAGCCAUCGAAGACUCCGAACCCGAAGUGGCGAUUUGGAGACGGCGCAAACAAUGACGAAUGGAAAAAGCAUGCAAUGCUGACGAUAGAUCCUAACGAGAUCGGACGACCGUCCAAUUUGAACUACAAACUCAUGAUAUCAAGCACUGUCCCUCGUCCAAUCGCACUAGUAAGCACCGUAUCGAUGGAUGGUGCUGUUGAGAACAUUGCUCCUUUCUCGUACUUUCAAGCAGUGUGCGCUGAUCCUCCACUGUACUCCAUAUGCUUUGUUGGGGAGGUACCAAACGAUAGUCUUCGGAAUGUAAUGGACACCAAGGAAUGCUGCAUCAGUGUGGUCAGCGACUCGUUCAUUGAGGCCGCAAAUGCUACCUCAAUCAACACACCGCCUCAUAUAUCUGAAUGGUCACUGUCUGGUUUGCACCCUAAGCAAUCCAAAAUAGUCAAGCCACCUCACACAGCUGAGUCCGCUUUUUCAAUUGAGUUAAAGUACCACUCACAUCAGGACAUCAUAAGUCCAAAGAAGGGAGUAAGGACAGCAACAUUGGUGCUUCUCGAAGCUGUACUUUUCCAUGUUCGAGAGGAUUCCAUUGACAAGAAUCGCUCCACAGUUGACAUUUCGAAACUGCGUCCGGUAUGGCGUGGUGGUGGGAUUACAUACGGAACAAGCUUCCAAGGUUUUGAGCUCCCAAGGCCGGCAGCCUUUCGUACCUUGUUAGAUACGAAAGAAGUGAAAGAGAUUUUAACAAGUCCUAAUUAG